AUGCCUCGAUUUUGGAGAUCUAGAAAGCCAGAGAUCGCAACUCAGCAGAGUGCCAGACCUGAGCCUCAAAAUGUCAACGUCACUAGAUACGGCGAGAAUCUCAUCGCCCCACAACUCCCAAGGAGAGUAGUUCCAGCACCUACCCUUGAGAUUCGGCCUAUUCCACGGGCAAGACCACACCAAUCCACUUCACCCUCGGAGGUAGACGCGAGUUCUGAAAUCAUUACGCUUCCUGAGCCAGCGGCUCUGCCAUCGUACCCACCAACCACGGGCUCAGAAUCGAUCCGUUCUUUCCGUCCUGGUUCCGCUUUGUAUUACUGUCGAUACUCCGAAGACGGGAACAAAUCCGACCUGGCUAGCCAGUCAAGAAGAGAUAGCGAAGAGAAUAUGGAUGGCUACUGCGUUUUCCGCGAAAGAGAUCUUGCAGCCAACAACCGGGCUGAAUUCCUCUCGCCACCUCUUAAGGAAUAUGAAAUCGGGGAGGAAUGGAAGAGUACAGGGGAGGUCUCUUCAAUGGACAUGACUAUUUUGCCUCCCAACUUCAAAAAGGACCCCUCGAAAUCGACGGAUACCCUUAUCAGGUACCCAAUUGGAAGGAGAAUCAGUGCGUUUACGGAAGUUUUGUCCUUCGAGUCGAGCGAGGACGGACAAAGUACAACCCUCGAAGAGAGGGAAAUCCAAGCCGGAAUGAACAUGACGCCAUCGCUCCCGCGCAGCGACAGGAUCCUUUACCUCCACACUCCAUGGAUCCUACGAUUCAUAUACAUUUUUAUUCUCUCUAAUUGGUGGACACUAAUUCCACUACUGAAAAUUUCGUCAAAUGAUUUUCACCCCGAGAAUCUCCCACUACUAUACUCGUGUGGGAUGUUGGUUAUAAUCGUCCUAAGCCUCGGGUUACAGGCCAACUAUUUCCGGAUCCACGGCGUACCAUGGGGUCGCCGUCGCAACGCCGAAAAGGUUGGGGACGAGAACGAGUGUACCGAGAAGGAUACACGACCAGACGCGGGGCCAGGCCCCGACGUCGAUUUGGAGGCAAGGGGGCAAGGGGGCCGAGCCACGUUGAAGAAGGGUGGCGAUAGGAGGGGUUGGCGGUUGAGGAGUGGAAUGGAGAGCUAUGUUUUUGCGGUCGACAUGAUCCUUUUCAUGUUGACGUUGGCUGCCUUGGCAGUCUCAAUUAUUUUUGCCAGGCAUGGAGGCGCCAUUCACGAGGCGCAGAUGGUGGAGGCCGCGGGGGAUGCGACCUCGGGGGCUGGGGGCGACGGGGUUCAAGGGAACCUCCGUGUUGUGGAGGUGUACGGGGGUGAUGGGGGCUACAGGUCGUUUUGA